CCUCUCCAGCUCUCCGGAGCGCUAGAUCAAUCUCAAUCAUUCGACGUGACCCCCGUCAUCGGCAGGGAGUUUCCCACCGCCAGCCUGCGAACAUGGAUCGAGUCCCCGAACUCAGACGCACUGCUCAGAGACCUCGCCAUCACAAUAUCGCAGCGCGGUGUAGUCUUCUUCCGCAAACAAGACGAUCUCACCGACGAGCUGCAAAAGCAGCUAGUCCAGCGCCUGGGCGAGCUCUCCGGGAAGCCGAAAUCAUCCAAACUGCACGUCCACCCGAUAUUCUACUCCAAACUGCCUUUAAGCAGCAGCGAUGACGAAAUCAACAUCAUCAGCUUUGAACAGGACGCGAUGAUUUUCGGGAAGCCGCCGCUGUUUACGAAGAGCCAGAGUGCGCGACAAGAAUGGCACACGGAUAUUCUGCAUGAAGCUGCCCCUAGUGAUUAUUCGUGUUUGCGAAUCACGGAGUUACCGAAAGGCGGGGGCGGGGACACGCUCUGGGCCUCAGGCUACGAAAUAUACGAUCGCAUUUCCAAGCCCUAUCAGACAUUUCUCGAGAGCUUGACUGCGACCUGCACCCAGCCGCGGUACGAGAAUCUCGCAAAAAGACUUAAUCACCAGCUAUAUACCGAGCCGCGCGGGUCUCCGCAGAACACCGUGUUCACGGCCGUUCAUCCCGUAAUUCGCACGAAUCCCGUGACCGGUUGGAAGAGCUUGUUUACGGCUGGUCGCCACGUGAAGCAGAUCGAUGGGUUGGAGCCGACUGAGAGCGAGAAUCUGCUGCGGUGGUUUCUGCAGUUGAUUACGGAGAACCAUGACCUGCAGGUGCGGCAUCGGUGGCAGAGCCCGAAUGAUGUUGCUAUUUGGGACAAUCGAUGUGUUUUUCAUGCUGCGACUAAGGACGUUCAUGUCGAUGACGAGCGAAUUGGCCAUAGGGCUUCGGGAAUUGGUGAGCGUCCGUACUUGGACCCGGGGAGUACUAGUCGACGAGAGGCACUG